AUGGUGGCCACUCACUCCCGCGCGCGGCAGCAGCAGCAUGUGGUGGUGUCUCGUACUACUGGGAAUCCAGUGAAGGGUUGCGACGCAAGCUUCGAAGGUCUGCGCCUUCGCAGCAGUGACCAAGACGAAAAGGAAAAUCUCGCUCCGACCAAUGAAAGUCUCACCAUCAAGAAAACUCGUGUCGCACAGAACGAGGAAGAGGAUCGCCAGAAACCUUCCAGACCAGCGUGCGGCGGGUCAUUGAGCGAGGCCAGCGGCUGCGAAUCGAUCUUGGACGUUGGUGGCAACGGCGCGGCAUCCUCCUACGCCGAGAAGAAGCCAAACUGGGUCAGAGGGUGGUAG